AGGGGGGUCAGUACUGUCCCCCCCCCAUCUCUGGCGCUUUUGCAGUGAGCGGCGCAGCCCCUGGCACCUGUGCCGUGCCUGAGGGCGGCGGGGGGUGACAGGCUGCCCUGGUGCUGAGCCCCCAGCUCUGGCAGCGGGUGCCGGGGUCUGCAGCGCUGGUGGUGCAAGCUCUGCUCUGCUGCUGCCUGUCUCUGAAGGCACCUCGACCUGAGCCUGGGGGGCUGCGUUUCCAGGAUAGAUGUAAUUUCUGCCUAUAACUUCUGUGAAACGCUUUGAAAUAGAAAAUGUACCGGAAAUGUUCGUUAUUGCUUCUCAAGGGAGAGGAGGAAAAGCCUGAGAGCGAGAAUUCUGGGAAGCGAGAAGAGCAAAUUCAGAUGCUAUUUGACUCAGGCUUUUCAAACUCCCCCUGGAAACUCAUAGUCCCUAGAGAUGGCUGAGGCCAAAUUAGCAGACAAGUUCUGUGGUGCCUGAGCCCUCACUGCUGCCUUACUCUUAUCUUCAAUUUGUUUUCCAGGGAGAUCUAGGUCCUUUCAAUCCUGGCUUACCAGUGGAAGUGCCUGUCUGGUUGGCCAUUAACCUGAAGCAGAGGCAGAAGUGUCGGCUGAUUCCUCCGGAAUGGAUGGAUGUUGAAAAACUGGAGGAAAUCCGGGACCAGGAACGUAAAGAGGACACCUUCACUCCAAUGCCUAGUCCCUAUUAUAUGGAACUCACAAAGCUGCUGUUAAACUAUGCCUCGGACAACAUCCCCAAAGCGGAUGAGAUUCGGACGCUGGUGAAGGAGACCUGGGACACGCGGCUCGCCAAGCUGCGGCUCUCUGCGGACAGCUUCGUCAGGCAGCAGGAAGCUCACGCCAAGCUGGAUAACUUAACCCUGAUGGAGAUCAACACGACUGGGACUUUCCUUACUCAAGCUUUAGAUCACAUGUAUAAGCUCCGGACUAACCUCCAGCCUAGCGAGAGCACCGACUCGCAGGAUUUCUGAGGUACAGGCCAGGCCAGCCCUCAGAACCUCCCAGGAGAGAGCAGUGGAAGGGAGCAGGCCCUGCUCCUCCCCCUGGCCAGCCUCCACCGCCCUCCACCAAUAUCCCAAAGCCACCCAGGCUGCACCAAGGCAGGGGAGAGAGCAGGGCCAGGUGGGCAGUGCUCCAGAGCUGCCGUGGUUCCCGGGAGCAUCCCUGCACGGUCCCUUUUUGCAGCCGUGGGCCCAGGAGUGUCCCUGCACGGUCCCUUUUUUGCAGCCGUGGGCCUCUUUCUUGGGUUCAGAGCUCUGCUGGGUGCAGGUGGUGGCUUGCCAGCGCGAGGUUGCUGUCGAGUGAUGUCAGGCAGAUCUCUCCGCCCUGGAGAGUGUGGGUGUACUUCAUAGAGGGAACUUCUGAGGGCAGCACAGGCCACACACUGGCUUGAAAAGCAAUAAAUUUCUAGGCGGUGCUUCGCCAUGAAUUUUCUCAGAGGCUUGAAAAAGGGGGAAGCUGUGCCGGCAGUGAGAGGUGUCUGCUGCUCUGCUGGGGAGAUCAGCUGGGAAGCAGAUCCAUCUGCUCUUUGGAGAAGGACAAAAGAAAAUGGUUUUCCCUCUCGGAAGCCAGGCUGUAAUAUCAUGUGUCUAGCUUUUUCUUUUUUU